AUGGGGCUCGGAAGCCAGGACGGAGACGAGGAGGCCUGCCAGGGCUUCCAGCUGUUCGGGGACUCCGUCUGGUGCCUCCGGGCCAUGGGAACGAAGGACGUGCCGGACCCCCUCGGGCUCUCCUACGGCAUCGAGCAGCGGGACCUCUGGAGCGAGAAGCUGAGCAACGUCUUCCGCGUGCCCACGCGCCUCUACGACUGCUUCGUCCCCCCGCGGGACUCGCCCCCCAUGGCCGGCACAGCGCCGAACGCCUCGGGGCCCUGCGAUCCGAGCGGGCCCCACUGCUACGAGACCCCGUACCGGGCGUUCCGCGAGUGCCUGGGACCGCGCGCCGGGGUCGUUGAAGGGCGGACGGUGGCCACGCUGGGGUCCCACCUCGAGGGGCGGGGGCCGCUGUCCACGUGGCUCAAGAUCGACGUGGAGGGCAGCGAGUGGUCCGCCCUGGAGCAGCUGCUGGAGAGCGAGGAGGGCAUGGCCAGGGUCAGGACGCUCGAGAUGGAGGUGCACUUCAGCUACGCGCCGUUCGUGGACCGGGAGGCCUUCCUGCAGCUGCCCGAGCAGGAAAGGCUCGAGCGCAGGGUGCGGGUGAUGGAGCGCUUGCUGAAGAACUUCGCCUGCGUCGGGUCCAACCUGGAGGUGUAUCGGGAGCAGUGGCACCCAGAGACGGAGUGCCCCGGCUCCAGCUGCGACGAGCCGCAGGUCCACGUCGCCAGCAUGUCCGUGGACCAGUUCGCCGUCAGCUACGUCAACCGUGCGCUGCUGCCCCGCGGGGAGUGA